AGCCCAGGCAGGGUGGGGGAGGGGCGAGGGCGGCGCCGAGGAGAAUGAAUAAUUGAAGUAGAGAGGAGGAGGAAGAAGAGAAGGAGGAAGAGGAGGAGGCGGGAGCCACCCGCGUAGGGUCCUCCCCACUCCGUACCCCACCCCCUCCGCCUCCCGGAAGUCGCUCCCCGCCUCCUGCUCCGCCAACAUGGCCGCGAAGUCUGAUGGAGCGGCGGCUGCGGCCGGCCCGGGGCCGGAGGGGGCGGCCGGAGGAGCCCGGGGCAGUGCGGGCGGGCGCGGGGAAGCGGUGGCAGCGGCCGGGGGCCCGGGAGUGACCGGGGCGGGAGGCUCGGGGCCGCGCUACGAGCUGCGGGACUGCUGCUGGGUGCUGUGCGCGCUGCUAGUGUUCUUCUCCGACGGCGCCACGGACCUGUGGCUGGCGGCCUCCUACUACCUGCAUGGUCAGCGUACCUACUUCGGCCUCACGUUGCUGUUCGUGCUCCUGCCCUCGCUUGUAGUGCAGCUGCUCAGCUUCCGCUGGUUCGUGUACGACUACACGGAGCCCGCGGGGGCCCCGGGACCUGCCGUCAGCACCAAGGACAGCGGCGCCGGCGGGCCCUCCAUCAGCACCAAGGACAGCCCCGUCGCCUUCCGGACCAAAGAAGGCAGUCCCGAGCUGGGUCCCCGGCCCGCGCCCUCCUCUGCCAGCGCCUUCCGCCGCCGCUGCUGCCGCCUCUGCGUCUGGCUGCUGCAGACCUUCGUCCACCUCCUGCAGCUCGGCCAGGUCUGGAGGUACCUGCGCGCCAUGUACCUGGGACUCCAGAGCCGCUGGCGCGGGGAGCGGCUGCGGCGCCACUUCUACUGGCGGAUGCUGUUCGAGAGCGCCGACGUGAACAUGCUGCGCCUGCUGGAGACCUUCCUGCGCAGCGCGCCGCAGCUCGUGCUGCAGCUCAGCCUCUUGGUGCACCGAGGCGGCCAGCCCGACCUGCUGCCCGCCCUCUCCACCUCUGCUUCACUUGUGUCCCUGGCCUGGACGCUGGCCUCCUACCAGAAGGUGCUGCGGGACUCACGGGAUGACAAGCGUCCGCUGUCCUACAAGGGAGCGGUAGUCCAGGUGUUGUGGCACCUGUUCACUAUCGCAGCCCGCAGCCUGGCCUUCGCGCUCUUCGCCAGCGUCUACAAGCUCUACUUCGGCAUCUUCAUUGUGGCCCACUGGUGUAUCAUGACCUUCUGGGUCAUCCAGGGAGAGACGGACUUCUGCAUGUCCAAGUGGGAAGAGAUCAUUUACAACAUGGUGGUGGGCAUCAUCUAUAUCUUCUGCUGGUUCAACGUCAAGGAGGGCCGCAGCCGCCGCCGCAUGGCCCUCUACUACUGCAUUGUCCUGCUGGAGAACGCCGCGCUCACCGGCUUCUGGUACUCCAGCCGCAACUUCUCCACUGACUUCCACUCGCUCAUCCUGGUCUGUGUGGUGGCGUCCAGCUUUGCGCUGGGCAUAUUCUUCAUGUGUGUCUACUACUGUCUCUUGCACCCCAAUGGGCCCAUGCUGGGUCCCCAGGCACCUGGCUGCAUCUGCCCUGAGGCCUCAGAGCCCUGUGGCCCACCCGCCGACGCUGUCACAAGUCCCCCGAGGUCUCUGCCAAGGACUACAGGCACCGAGCGGGAAGGGGCCUCAGUGGGGGGAGAGCGUGCAGGGACCCCCACGCCACCUGUCUUCCAGGUGCGGCCUGGCCUGCCUCCCACACCAGUGGCUCGCACCUUUCGGACAGAGGGGCCUGUCAUUCGGAUUGACCUGCCUCGUAAGAAGUACCCCGCGUGGGAUGCUCAUUUUAUUGACCGCCGGCUUCGGAAGACCAUUCUGGCGCUGGAGUACUCCUCACCUGUCACACCCCGGGUGCAGUACCGGAGUGUGGGGACCUCCCAGGAGCUGCUGGAGUAUGAGACCACAGUGUAGGCCACAGUCUCCCCGCCAAAAAGGGAUGGGCUUUGCAGGCCUCAUCAACCACAGUUUUGAGCCUGGAAUUUCAGGGCCACCGGCUAAGGGGGGAGUGGAUCUGGAUCUGUUGGUCCAAGGGUAGAGUGGCCCCCUUGGGUUCUUUCAGGGGAGUGGGCAGCCUUGUGGAGGCCCCAGCCCUAAGCCCUGUUUUCAGCCCUGUGGCCCAUUUCCUAAUCCCCCCUUGAAACAGGGCCCAGGGAAUCAACUGGUGCUACACUCCUCCGGAGCUGCCUGCCCGUCUUUCAUGAAGGCCUCCAUUACCGCUUCUGGUGCUGGGGACCCCACACCCUCUCCCCUGCCUGGACUUGCCCACGUGUCACUGCUGGUAGACCUGUCAGAGCAGGAGCACUGUCUGGGGUCCAUGACUGAGGAGGCCCUGUGCUCCUGAGGGGCUGUUGGGGGUGGGCUACCUCUGGGGGGAGCACAUCUCUGAGGAUGGAGGAGGCUGUGGAAGAUGUGGGGUGAGGUGGGAGCAUCUGUACACAAGUGGGUACAGUUCCUAUGGGGUCCAAGGUCAGGAGCCUGGGCAAGAGAGGGAUUAAAGGAGGGAGCUGGGCUGGGGUAGGGAGUUAGGGGUGGGGGGCUGACAGUGCUUGAGCUGGACAGAAGGAAGGACCCGGAGACAUCUGAGAGGUUCAGGCUGGCCGAAGCAGGAAGGGGUAGCAGAUAUGCUCCCUCUAGCAGGAGCAUAGAGAAUGUUCCCCAAGUAAACUCCUCCAGAGACACCCUUAUUGUGGGCUCUAUUCUGGAUGAGGUUCCAGACACCUCAGGUGAAAUGUUUCCAGGAGCCUUUCUUUGUUCUAGAUGAGCAUAUCGAACAUUUCUUCUAGACAAAGGUCUUGAACACAACAGAUAAAAUGUCUAGGAAGAUACUCUGGGCUCAAUUAUAGGUGAAGUUCUAGCACAUGUAGCAGAGGAACUGUUCUAGAGAGACAUUCUUAGUUCUGGAUUAAAUUCUAGAACACUUAGCUGAUAAAAUGUCCUAAGGAGGCACUGAUCUGGAUUUUCUUAUGAGGGUGCGUGUACUGGAGCCCUGCUGCUCUGCUCUGGGGGAGUCUAGCUCCUGAUGUGGUGGUGGAGGGGCCUCUAGAGUGGAGUGGAACGUUCUAGGAAUAGGUACUCCAGUUCUAGACUCCCGGGGUUCUACAUAGUAGUUCUGUGCCCCUGUCUGCCUUGGUCCACAGCCAUCUUCCCAAGAGGAAAUUUUCUCAAAACCCCUGAUACAUUUCAACUGCCAAUUGGUUUCCAGCUAGAAAAAAAUGAGCUCUGGGGGCAUGACAUAAAUCUUGGCGCUCAGCCACGCGGAAGAUAUGGUUCCCUGGGGCGGCGGCUGGAAAACGGCUUGGUUUUGCCCAACCCUCCAGCGCCUGUGGUCCAUUCCCAUGGCCCAAACAUCCCAGGACACCCACGAGACCACUUGCACGGGGCCCCUCCUCUCCACUUUGGAUAGCCGUCCUGGACAGGGUGGGGGAAUGUGGGAGGAGGCAGUGCUGUGGGGUAGGACACAGAUGCUAAGCAGAGCUUGGAACAGCCCCCACCACGUCCUCACACCCUCCCGUCACUAAGGUGCAUUCACCACAAGGGCACAGUAGGUGAUGUUAAGGACAGAUGCAGACCUGGGCUGGGGGUGAGGUGGACCACGAGAAUCCUAGACUAUGCAAAUUAGGGGAGCACUUAGCCCUCUCUGGUUCGGCCUUCCUUGGGUUAUAGAUGGGAAUCCGAGGCCCAGAGUGGCAGUUAGCCUCACAAGGUCCCAGAUUCCUGGCUGUCCUGUCAGCUAGUGAUAGGUGAUAGUGAGUUUCCUGAGGAUGCAGGGAGAGGGCCACACUCAGGAUACAGGGGGACCCCAAAGGCUGAGCGGAAAGAAGCACACACCUACACACAUGUAAGCACACAUCACCCCCGUGACACAGUCACCUCACCCCUGGCACACAGCUGCAAUGGUGUGUUCAUCCCUCCCACCAACGCACAAAGAAUGCUUUUCCCUCUCUUCUACGUCCCUGAUCCCCAAGGAGCCUCAGAAACCAGGCCUCAGGGUGAUGGGUGGUGGGGAGCCCGAGGCUGACCCAGACCCCUCGGUGGCUUCACCCAUCCUUGUUCUCUGCCCAAAUCACUUUUCAGAGACCGAACUCCAUGGCUCGUUACACACAGAUCACAGCCCUUUGUGAGACAGGAGCAUUUAGGAUGUGGACCCAGAUCUACCCGACUAUUUCUCCAGGGCUGACCAUGCCAGUUUUCACCCCAUGUUGUUUCACCUAAACUUUCCCCUGCUUGCAACUUCCCUACAAAAGAGGUGUUAUUAACCCAUCUGAUGGAGGAGGAAACUAAGUUUCAGAGAGGUAACAUGAGGGUCACCCUUGGCAGGUUAUUUUACUCCCCAGCGUCAUAGAAUGGCCUGUCUGGCUGCCCCAUUCUUCAGCAUCCUAAAAGGAAAAGAUAAAAAUAUCCUCCCUGGGAGCUGGGAGUCCUUCCAGCUCCAGGAGACACCCAGAGAACCAGGGAAUAGGACAGAGCUGGCAGGCUGAGGGGUAGCGUGAGGCUCUCGUGGAGGCGUGGCCAGUUUGUGGACCUUACUCCAUUCCCACCCCCGACAUCUUCUCCAUCCCACAAAACCUUCCUUCGCAACCUCUGCCUGUGGACAUCUGAGCAGCAGAAAUGGCUGUCAGAGAGGGCUGCAGGCAUCUCUUGCUUCUCACCCUCAGGAAAGAGCUUAGCCCCUUAAGGACCCCCCUGAACCCACACACACCCAGGAGCUCAGGACCCCAUCCGUCCCAGGCCUGAGGUCCCCUGUCCUGGGUUCUACUUCAUCUGGUCCCUGCCAGUCCCCUUGUUUCAGUGGGAUAGAGGAGUCGGAGUAGAGAAGGGCACCACCCCAUCUGAGCUGUUGUUUUGUUUUCAUUUCACGACACAGUCUACCUCAGCCGGUCUCUCUUCCCCACCAGAAUCGGAGCCCUGGAUCUCUGACUCCUGCUCCUCAUUCCCUGCCUCCCACCUCAGUCUGGUUGCUCAGUCCUUCACAGAAUCCCUACAGGGUCCUUACAGUGAGAGAAGGCUCCAGAACCACAACCCAGUGGGAUUCUUGGGGCCACCUGCCCUCCACACCCACUGUAAAGGAGAAAAAGAGAGGCCCAGAGAGGGCAGGGGACAUGCCCGAGAUCACACAGAAAGUCAAUGGCAGAGUUAGGCUUUUCCUGAAGGUUAGAGGUAAUUGGGUCUCUCUUAAUCUUGCCGGGAACAGAAGAGGAGAAGAUACUCUGGGUACCCAAUAUGCCAGGCUCUGCCCUGCCCUCAGUGUUUCCAUCCCCAGGAGACCAGUGUCCUCAUUCCCAGGGCAGACUUCUGCUUCCCGAUUUUCUUGAACUGAUUUCACAGGCUCCUCACUGUGCUCCCUAAACCUCCAGGCACCACACACCCCUCAUCGCACCUCCAUGCACUGAUGUACCACGUGCCUUGUAACUGUCACCCCUGGUUGAACAGCACAGACCUCCACCCCCCCCCAACAGGGGGCUCCCCAACAAGGAAGGCUUUCUUGGUCCCCUCCUCUCAUCUGCCUCAUCCUUGCGUCUUCCCAAAGUCUGCCUUAGCCCCAGUGACCUCCCUGCUACACUUGUGUCCCACAGAGGUAUGUCACUGAUGAGAGUUGGGGAAGGCAGAGGGCAGGGAGGGCAAGGCCUGGGGAAUGUCCAGGUCUCAGGCUGAGGACCGAGGGGGCUGGCAGCAUCCAGGGGAAGUCUUCCCUGGCAGCCCCAGUGCCCUCCUAGGGGCUGAAGUUCCUCAGGUCCUUCCCUUGGAGCUCACCUGGGCUAGGAGUUGACAGAAGCCUCAGGCAGUGGAGAGGUUUUCUGGGGCAGGGUGCAAGGGUUGCAAAUUCAAAUGCUUUCAGGUAAUGAAAAUGAGAGAUGUGGAGGCGCUAAAUGAUACGGAGUGGGGGGGACUCUGGCCAAUAGGAGCGGACAUACCCUGCCCACAGGCACUAACAUUCACAUUAAAAAAAAAAAAAACAACCCACGCUGGCCAAGCUAAACACUCAUAUUUGGGCCAUGAGCCACCAGUUUGAGACCUCUGGUUCAGAAUGAGAAGGUUCUUGAAAGCCCUGCAGAGUCUGGACAACCCUCUGGGGAAGUCAGGGACAGAGGCGUUGGCUCCCUCUGAGACACUAAACCCCACCACCUAGCCACCUGAGAACUGGCCCCACUACCCUCUCAGUUGAAAAGAGGAAGGAGGUCUGGGUAUCCCAGGCUCCCUGAUUUGGGAACCACCAUCUGAUAAGAGCGACAGGCCCCUCCAGUGCCUGAGGCAGCUAGUUUAGGUGUUGGGUCUUCUCUAGUUUGGGGGUCCCUGGUUAGGAGGAACCUGCAUUGAGAGGGGAAAGAGUCCAGGUACAGGAGGAAGACUGAAAGCCAGAACUCAACUGCCCCCAUCCUUUGCUGGGCCCUGCCAAUCUUUGGCACCUGUUUCCCAGGUAAAGCUGGAGAUGGGGGACGGGGUGGGGGGACGAGCUAUCAAUUUCUGUAUUAAAGUGCUUUGUGAUGUCUCAAUGAAAGGGACUGAGUGCCAAGCCAUGAGGGCCGCAGUAGGGAUGGGGCCUGAGUACCCCCUUCCCAACCAGAGAGGCUUCUGAGACCCUGGGGCUGGAGGGAAAAGGGACUAUGUGCCAUUAUGUUUGGGGAGGAGCGAGGUCAUUCCUGGGGUUUUGGUUGCUACAUGCAGAUACAGGCAAGGGGAGGAAAAGCAGGAAAUUGUUCAAGUGGGAGAGGAAGGCUCCGUCUCAGAUGGCCUGGUUCCUGGAGGCAGAAAGUUCCUCCACCCUUCCCUUCUCACUGCAAGGAGGGGGCAGCCCUUUCCCCAGCAGUCCUGGCUUUCAUUCUAUGCACACUCGUUGUAAGGGCACUCCCAGGCCAGGCUGAAGGGGUAGGGGGUACUUGCAAUAAUCCCAGACAAAUAGCCUGACAAAAGGGGGCGAGAAAGGCAUCAGGUGGGACAUGGAUAUUCCUCUAGCUCCCUCUCACCCAAAUCCCAGAAUCCAAACCAGGCCUGUCUCUACUGAGCUAAACCACCAAAUUUGGAGGGGCCUCAUACACAGAGCCUGGAACCCUUGGUUUUCCAAACCAGUUAUAAAUAGCUGGAACGGACCCAAAUGAUUCCCGGUGCCCCUCUUAUUAUUUUCACCCUGAGGAUCCUAGAGUUUGGGAGAUUUUUCUCCCAAACAAGCCUCAAUUCUUGAAGUAUAAUUAAUUUUUCCAUAUUAAAUCAACUCAAGCUGAGCUUCUGAGUGAGGCCUGCCAAGGCCUCAAGUUAGCUUCUAGGGCUUGAGAGUGGGGGAAUAUUUGUGUUCUGUUGGUGUUUACACAAUUCUCGAGAGCACUGGUGGGCCCCCAUUCCUGCCUUCGCAACCCUCAGGACCUGGGACCCCAAGGUGGGAAUCAGCGUUGUAAUCACCCAGCGUAGUGUUUCACUGAAGGGGAAGGCUCAGAGAGCCAGCCAGCCCAAGGUCACACAGCGAGUUGGUGUCAGGGUGGGACCAGAGCCCAGGUCCUUCAGGGUGCCACAGGAACACCCCAAGCCCUAAUGCCCGCACUCCACUUUUUCCUACUCCAGGAACCACUAGCCAUGCCUGAGAGGGGCUACUAUCCCCCCCUCAGCACAAUUCCGGGUGAUUCUCCCCUCUAGGUUCUUCUCUCUUCCCUCCCAAACCAGCCCCCAUCCCUGCCCAUUUGUUUCCUAUUCCUGUCCCACCUCCUGGUAUUUACUACAUCUGUGCCAUCCUCAGUCCCCCACCCCAACUAACCCCUCUGCGCAUCCCCCAGGAGAGGGAGGUGGCCCCAAGCUGGGGCUUCUGUACUGAGACUCUUUUGUACACCACAAACUUUUUGUAUAUUUUUAAUUUUGCUGCGACAUGAGCUAUUAAAAGU